AUGAGGAUGUAUGCAGACGAUUGUGUAACCUACAACCCAGCUACGGGCCUGCCCAAUUGCCACAACUGCUUCUCAAGAUUGCCGAAGCGUGAAGUCCGCCAUCGCGUUAACAUCGAGGCCUUCCUGGACAACCAGGAGCUCACUGACUUCGAGUUCGUGGUGAAGUACGAGGAGGGCCCUGACGUAAUGGAGCGGCGGUUCCGUGUACACAAAACGUUCGUGGCCAUGCGAAGCGAGAUGUUCCGGGCCAUGUUCUUCAGAAUCUGCCCACUCACAGACCAGAUGAUCAUCACCGACGUACACCCAGAUGGCUUUGAGACUCUGCUCAGGUUUCUGUACUCUGCUAGGGUGAAGGCGAAGUGCUUCGAAGACGCACUACGAGCCCGGGUUGCCGCCAAGAAGUACUGCGUGCAGCAGCUUGACGAAGCCUGCAGCGCCUUAAUUCGAAUGAAUCUGAAAGCCGUCCGGCUGUGCUCGUUCAUCGACUUGUGCAUGCGCAUCCACUAUCCCUACCUGGAUGAAGCUGCGGAGACGCUCUUGAAAUCAUCCAACGCUCCCGCCGUCCUCGUCUCCAAGGGAUUCAACACGGCACUCGAGGAAACCGUGCGCUACAUCGUGGAAGAAAUCAGAGAGGUUCACGAAGAAGAAGUGGCUCAUGCCGUUUUCGGCUGGGCUCAGGAGCAGUGCGAGCGGAGCGCGCAGACCGACAGACCGCUCGAAUUGAACACGCUGAUGCGUUCCUUCUUUCCGAAGCUGCGAUUCCUGACCAUGACUGCGCAGGCAUUUCUGAAGGGCCCUGGUUCUUGGGACCUUCUGGACGACGCCGAGGUCAUCGCGGUGCUGCGAAACAUUGUCAGAUGCGGAUGGUGCCCGCUGCCUGCAGGAUUCUGUGACGUCACCCAUAACCGCUUCACUCUGUGA